AUGCAAAAUAUAGUUCGGGAUUAUCAAGCUGAUAAAAAUAAAAUAAAAGAUUUUCUUAAUGAAUUUGAAAUCGAUACAGCUGAUGGUUAUAAAGCAUCAAAAUAUGCUAAACAAUUGAGAAAUUUAGCUAAUCGUGAACAAACAACAUUAGUUAUUGAUAUAGAUGAUAUAGCUACAGUUGAUCCAGAAUUAGCUGAUGCUAUAACUGAAAAUUGUCGUCGAUAUACUCAACUUUUUUCUCAAGUUAUUCAAGAAAUGUUACCCGAAUUGAAAGAUAGAGAAAUUCAACAUAAAGAUGUACUUGAUGUUUAUAUUGAACAUCGUUCAUUAAUGGAACAACGUAUGCAUCAUAAUACAGAUGAAACACGUGAUCCAAUGAAUCGUUAUCCUGAAGAAUUAAUGAGACGAUUCGAAUUAUAUUUUAAAUCAUCAAGCACACAAAAAUAUUUAUCUGUUCGUCAAGUUAAAGCAAAUCAUAUUGGAAAAUUAAUAUCAGUUAAAGGUGUUGUUACACGUGCAACAGAAGUUAAACCAAUGAUAAAUGUUGCAACAUAUACAUGUGAUAUAUGUGGUUCUGAAACUUAUCAACCGAUAACUUCACCAACAUUUAUGCCACUUGUUAUGUGUCCAAGUCAAGAUUGUGUAACAAAUAAAUCCGGUGGACGUUUAUCAUUACAAACACGUGGUUCAAAAUUUAUUAAAUUUCAAGAAAUAAAAAUUCAAGAACAUACUGAUCAAGUACCGGUUGGAAACAUUCCACGUUCAAUGACAGUAUGGUGUCGAGGAACAAAUACACGUUUAUGUCAACCAGGUGAUCAUGUUGCUAUAACUGGCAUAUUUUUACCAUUACUUCGUACGGGUUUUCGUCAAAUGACACAAGGUCUUCUAUCGGAUACUUUUCUUGAAGUACAUAGAAUUGUUUUAUUAAAUAAAAGUGAAGAUGAAGAAAUUGAAGAUAAAGAAAUGGAUGAAGCUGAAUUAGCAGAUCUUUUUGCUGAAAAAGAUUUAUAUGAUCGAUUAUCAAUGAGUAUUGCACCUGAAAUUUAUGGACAUGAAGAUAUUAAAAAAGCUUUACUUCUUUUACUUGUUGGAGGAAUUGAUAAAUCACCACAAGGAAUGAAAGUUCGAGGAAAUAUAAAUGUUUGUCUUAUGGGUGAUCCUGGUGUAGCUAAAUCACAAUUAUUAAGUUAUGUCAAUCGUUUAGCACAACGUAGUCAAUAUACAACUGGUCGUGGUUCAUCUGGUGUUGGUUUAACAUCAGCACUUAUUAAAGAUCCAAUUACAAAUGAACUCGUACUUGAAGGUGGUGCAUUAGUCUUAGCUGAUCAAGGUGUUUGUUGUAUUGAUGAAUUUGAUAAAAUGACUGAAUAUGAUCGAACAGCUAUCUAUGAAGUUAUGGAACAACAAACAAUUUCAAUUGCUAAAGCAGGUAUAUUAACAUCAUUAAAUGCUCGUACAUCAAUCUUAGCUGCUGCUAAUCCUGCAUAUGGUCGUUAUAAUCCUAAACGUUCAAUUGAAGCUAAUAUUCAAUUACCAGCAGCACUUUUAUCACGUUUUGAUUUACUAUGGAUAAUUCAAGAUAAAAAUGAUCGGGAAAUAGAUCUUAAAUUGGCUCGUCAUAUUGCAUCUGUACAUCAAACUGGAUGUCAACCAGAAAUCGAAAAUAAUCAACAUUUUAUUGAUAUGAAAACAUUACGACGAUAUAUUGCAACAUGUAAAAAGAAACAACCAUUAGUACCUGAAUCAUUACUUGAUUAUGUUGUUACAGCUUAUGUUGAAUUACGUAAACAAGCUCGUGUUAGUAAAGAUAUGACAUAUACAUCAGCAAGAAUGCUUUUAUCAAUACUUCGUUUAUCAACUGCACUUGCUCGUCUUCGUUGUGGUGAUCUUGUAUCAAAAGAUGAUAUUGAUGAAGCACUUCGUUUAAUGGAAUCAUCUCGAUUACUUUUGAAACAUCAUGAAAAUGUACCAACAAGACAAAUCAAUCCAAUUGAUCAAGUAUUUUCUGUUGUACGCGAUAUGGUACCAUCAUCGGGUGCUAAAAUUGUUCGUUAUGCCGAAGCUAAAGAACGUUGUGUUGCAAAAGGUCUUAAACCAGAUACAUUUGAUGAGGCACUUGAACGUUAUGAAGAAAUGGGCUUAUGGUAUGUUAAUCAACAACGUACAACAAUUACAAUUGUUUAA